AGUUGAAGCAGAACGGUCACGAUUGCGGUACAGUUCACCCGAUUAUUGCUCGCCACUGUAACGGAUUCGCCUCCCCCAGCUCUCGGGCUGUACACUGUGACGACGAGGCCUACCUGUGGCGGUCGGUCCGCAAACUUAUCGUCUUCUCGGAGCUCUUUCCAACUAUUCCUCACCAGUGUGUUUGUUUAUUCCUUGGUAUCUUUAUUCGCCCAUGCCCCGAACUCUGCCAUCAGCCGGCCCAACACCCAGCUGACAUUGUCCCUGACAUAACCUGUCCGGCCGUGUAUGACUUUGCAGCCAUAAUCCGCGGCCGGCAUGAGCUUGUUCUGACCAACAGCAGAGAGGAGUGCGGUGAUCGAAUACGCGACCCAACCUAAAGAAGACAUUUCCGGGUUAGUUCCGAGAUCAAGCACUCAGCGACGUGUUGAAGAUGGCCCACCGAAGAAAAAGACGACGGGGAUGGGCCUUCUAGACCCCACACAUUGGGCGAGCGCACGGGCGACGACGUCUCCACCGGGAAACCGAGUGCGGAAGGCUCGGCAAGAAUUCGGGCAGGGUAUGGAUCCGGUCUGGCUAAAGCCUGUGGAUGACGCGCAGCUGCAGUUAGAUUUGAUUGAGUCGGACGAAUGGACCGAGUUGGACGAGUUGAUGUUGUUGGAGGAUUCGAAGAAGUGGAGAGAUUCAGAUUGGCCUCGUCCGCCUCGUGGUUGCAGCAGUCCUGCAGAGUGCCUGGCAGCAAGGCUGGAGAUUGCCAGGGAGGGUAGGAUAUAUUCAAAGCAGUCCAGACGAAGGAGCCAAAUAUUUGCCAGACAAAUUUGGGCGACUGAGAAAGCACGCCACCUAAAGUCUUCAAAGAAUCGGGAAGAGAGGCAGAAGUCCAACCCAGAAUAUGACAUGCUCGGAUACUGGAGAGAGUAUGACAUGGAAGAACUCGAAAGGCUUGAAAGAUCGCGACUUGAUAAAUCCUUUGAGAGUAUAUGUCCACCAGUAAACCCCGUUUAUGUAGCAUUGGAGGAGAAGCGUGCACUGAGGAUACUAAAGGCACUAAAGGCUUCCUCCGUCCAAGGAGGGAACGUUCAGGAAGACAAAGAGGUAACUCAAGCGGGUAGAUUGAUCAGCAGCCUCAAUCUUUGGUUGUUUCUCUUUCCUGCUUGCGUUCUUCUUUCUUCCUGUUUUUUCAUUUUCUUUCUGGGUCUGAGGGCUAGAUCGCCUUGGACGGGCUUCGAAAAGCUUCCUUCCGACCCCGUAUUGUCAAUGCGCCCCCGGUAUUCUUACAAGUCUUCAACUUUACAGGAAACCGCAGGCUCGGGUUCAGAAAAGGGGCAUGGCCUUAGCAGCAAAGUUUAAUAGGGCACUUGCCCCUGGGGGUACUGGUGGUUCACUAUAAUAGGUCAUAUUCUCAUCUAGGACACAUAAAAUAAAAUACAG